AUGAAUAAUUUUACAAGAGAUCCACCUAGCAAAAUUUUGCUUCUUGUUAUAACAUAAUUAUCUCCAACCUUUCCACUUAGUAAUGAUCUUCUCUUUGAACAAUUCACUAAAUAUGGUGACAUUAAAAAAAUUCUAAUUUUCGAAAGAGGAAAGGCAAACAAAGCAUUUGUUGAAUAUUAUGAUGUACAACAUGCUAUAGAAGCUAGAAAAGAUAAAUUAGGCAAAUACUUAGCUGAAGGAGAAGGAAAGUAUAUAUAUUUUAAUAAAGUUUAGACUUACAAUUCAUUUCUCUCGCCUCAAAAAUUUAGAUUUAGAAGUAGUUGAUAAAUCUAGAGGAACAGAUUACACUUAAGCAAGCAGUACAAAUUCAGAUUCUAUGAAACACUCCAAUACUGAUGAUCCAAACAUUCUUAGAUAAUAAAUAGAAUCAUUUAAUCGUACUUUCACACAAACUUCUUAAAGAAAUCUCACUCCAUAAAGAAAUGAUGAAAUUAAUAACUUAUUAAAUUCAGAUUCUGAUGAUGAUAUCAAUAUCUGGAAAUAAUAGAAAUAGUAAGGACCAUAAAUCUCAUAAGAUGUUUAAAAUAUGAUCACUCAAAAACCAUCCAAAAUUAUUAAAGUAACAACAAUCGACGAAAGAGUUACUGCAAAAAUGCUUUAUAAUAUUUUUAACAAAUUUGGGAAUGUAGAAGAACUUCUCUAUGAAAAAUAAAUGCAAAGACUUUUUGUUAGAUAUUAAACUUAAGAAUUUGCUCAAAUUGCAAAAGAAUAUUUAAAUAAUAUUUAAUUUUUUGAUCAAUAAGUAAUCAAAAUAUAUUAACUUAAUAUAGUGGCGAAUAUCUUAUCAUCCUUUACAAUAAUUAUAACCAACUACCAUUUCAGAUGAAUAUAUGAUAUAUUACAAUCCUAAUACACCAAAAUUAAUUGUUCCUUUAUCUAAAACUAUUAUUAUUAGUGGAGUAACUGAAGCUAUGGAAAUAUCAGAAAUGAUGAGACUUGUUGCUAAAGUUACAGGUAAUAAUACAUUUUAUAUUUUUUAUUAGAAAUUAAAAUUGUGGCUGUUGAUAGUCUAGAGAUCACAAUGAUUAACAUUUCAGAGACUUUAAAAAUUAUAGCAGUAUUUUCUGACUAUGAAUACAAAAAUCAAAAAUUGAUUAUUUCUAUAAAAUGA